AUGUUCGACGACGCGGUCAUGGCCAAGAAGCUGCCGAGUGCGGUGCUGAAACGCUUCAAUGACUGCCUCAUCUCUGGAGAGCCCACGCCCGAAGAGGAUCAGAAGGUCAUUGCCGACUGCAUCUUCGAGUGGGCUCGUGAGUUGGGCGCCAUCGAUUUCGCCCAUUGGUUCUUCCCCCUCCGUGGCGGUGGUGGUGCGGUGGGAGGAAUGCUUGGAGCCUACAAGAAGGAUACACUCAUUGACCUGGAGUUCGGCUCCAAGUUUGUGACAAAGCCCAUGAAGGCCUGCUUGCCACAUGAGCGCUUGUUCCAGGGUGAGACUGACGGCUCAUCCUUUCCGAACGGUGGACUGCGGGUGACGCACUCGGCGGCGGCCUUCACCACCUGGGACCGGGCAUCCUUUCCCUUCGUGCAGGACAAAUGCUUGGUGAUUCCAUGUGCCUUCGUGACACAUUUUGGCAAGUGCAUUGACGAAAAGACUCCGCUGCUGCGUUCCAUGGAUGCGGUCACUGUGAGUGGAUUGCGGCUCUUGAAAGCCAUUGGCAUUGGCACCGAUGCCAAGGCCAUGUGCAGUUACCUUGGCUGGGAGCAAGAGUUCUUCGUCAUCUCUGCCGAUCACUACAAAGCUCGGCCUGACCUGGUGAACUGCGGUCGAACAUUGUUUGGCAAGCUGCCCACGCGACACCAGCAGGGAGAUCUGAACUACUUCCAACCAAUUCCAGGCAAAGUGCAAGACCUGCUGGACAUUGCUCAAGCGGAGAUGUUGAAGGUGGGCUGCCCCAUGGCGGUGAAGCACAACGAAGUGGCGCCAGGACAACAUGAGAUGUCUCCGGUCUUCCGAACGGCCAACGUCUCCUGCGACAGCAACGUGCUCUUCAUGGAGGUCAUGAACCGUGAGGCUCAAAAGCUGGGAUUGCAGGUUCUCUUCCACGAGAAGCCCUUUGCUGGCAUCAAUGGCAGUGGCAAACAUGCCAACUGGUCCAUUGGCACCGACACAGGCAUGAACUUCUUCUACCCUGGCAAGAAUGAGGCUGGUGCCAAGCUCUAUGUCACAGCCAUCGCUUGCCUGGCCUACGGCUUGGCACAGUACAACGAGAUGGUCCGCUGCACGGUGGCCUCUGCCGGAAAUGACCACCGCUUGGGCGCCCAGGAGGCCCCCCCCCGCCAUCAUCUCCCUCUAUCCAGGUCAAGGCUUCGAGCAGUUCAUGGAGAGCAUCAUCUCUGGUGA